UGCGGCCGAUCGACCGCCCGAAGCUACCCUCUCGCGUGGCUUCUCGGUGAUGCGAGAGCCCGAAAGCCCAGAUCUGUUCGUGGGCCGAUCUAGAAUCGAGGCGAAGUGGUUGACCCAACCCAUCAAGGAAACAUUCGUUUGACUUGAAUCCGACCCGAUCCAUAACGGUGACCCAAACUGACGUUGCUUGAGACCGCAUUUGAAUUCGAGGAACCCACCAUCCGGCCCGCCGAAAUCGUCGAAAUGGGGCCCCGUUCCUCAUCGGUGGGUCCGGACCAUCAGCCGCCAUCCACUUCCGCUUCACCGCCUCCAAUCUCGCGCCCGGUGUACGCACCGCCCUCGUUUUCCACCAACCGCCAUUGAAAUCCAAGCGGCGUCCGUUUCCACGCCCUUCUAUUGAUUUAAAUUUCAAAAGGCCCCGUCCCCUUCGGCUCCACAGUCUGCGAACAAAACGCCUCGGCCGCUCCUCUCGUGUAAGACCACUUCGAGCCCCUCCUUACCACAAUCGAACAACGCAUCUAAUGGCGCCCGGCGAGCGUGCCCUCCGCCAUCCGAUGGGCCACGCCCCUCCUUGGCCUGUAACCGAGCACCCGAUGGCCGAGAUGCAGCAGAACGACACCCUCCCCGUCAGCGACGUCGUCGGCCUCUCCGCGAUGCAGCACUUCCUCCUCGGCAGCAGCGCCGACCUGGACCUCGCGGCCGACGAAUACGCCUGCGACGAGUUCCGGAUGUACGAGUUUAAGGUGCGGCGGUGCCCCCGCGGGCGGGUGCACGACUGGACCGAGUGCCCCUACGCCCACUCGGGAGAGAAAGCGCGACGGCGCGAUCCCCGCCGGUUCCAGUACUCCGGCUCCCCAUGCCCGGACUUCCGCCGGGGCGGGGGUUGCCGCCUCGGCGACGCCUGCGAUCUCGCCCAUGGCGUGUUCGAGACAUGGCUCCACCCGGCACGCUACCGGACCCAGCCCUGCAAAGACGGCACCGCAUGCAGCCGACGCGUGUGCUUUUUCGCUCACACCCCCGAGCAGCUCCGCAUCGUCCUGCCCCCGAGCCCGACGUCGUCUGGCAAGAUCGGCGUGAACAUGUUCUCCUCGCCCACGUCGACGCUGGCGCUCCUGUCGUCGCCGUCAGACGGCUCGCCGCCGUUGUCCCCGGUAGACGAUGUAUUGGCGGCGAUGAGGAACCUGCAGCUUGGGAAGGUUAGGUCGGCGUUGCCGUUCGGUACGCGGAGCGGGUUCGCAUCCCCGGCGUCCCUCGAGAGCGAUCCAGCGACACGGGGUAGGAGGGCAGCGGCGGCCGUGGCGGACCAGUCUGCGCCCAGACUUCUCGAGGACUGGGGGAGGCAGGAGGAGGCUGCGGAGCCGGCGCCGGAUCUGGCAUGGGUUUCGGAAUUGGUGAAAGAUUAAAGGAGUGAUCUUUGACAUUUUUGUCAAUAUUUGUUCAUAAAUAAAAUGGAAAAAAGAUUGGGAAUAAUUUUUGUAGUGGAAAGGGGAAAAAAAAGAGGAUUUUUCUGGUGGUGAAGACAAUAGCUGGAAAAAAAAGAGGAGCAUUUUUUUCUUUUUCUUUCCUGUGAGGAAGUGAAGAGAAGAUUCUCAAUGUCUGCUUUUGUUUAUUUUUAUUCUGACCUUUUUUUAUAUGUAUAUAAAACUCCUGCAACUUUUUGCUUUGGA